AUGGCCCGUCGACGACGUGUCACCUUCGAAUCUUCGAGCUCGUCAGAAUCAGACUCAGAAUCAAACUUUCAUUCAGCGUCAUCGCGCAAAACUUCCCCAACUCCAGGAGAGAAAUCUACUUCCGGUAGUGAGCCCUUGGAAGGGAGAAAGCAUAAGUGUAAGUCGUCAGACAAAGAUAACGACAACAAGACGAAGAGUUCAAUACACCAUCAGUCGCAAAAAAAGGACGAUCAGGAGCCAAGCCGCCCAGGACACACCCAGGACCCGGGAGAGAUACCCUUCAGCGAAGUGCAACAAGCCCUCAUUACUACCAUUCGCGCGACUGAUCUCACCCUUGGUCUCCGACGGAUUCCCGCUGGGUUUCAUGUGGUGGUCAAGGUUGACAGUGCUGAAUACCAGACAAGCAGUAAGUCUGUACAGGUGGAUCAGGCUUUCAUCGAAUGGCACGAGCACAUUCUUCUGCCAUGCGAGCCAUCUACUAAAGUUCAGGUCAGCUUGUAUGCCUCAUAUGAAAUGGGUCCCAUGGUUUGUCACGGGGAACUCCUGCGCACGCUUGAGAUCUCUGUCGGAGAACUACUGGAUCGCAGCGAAAAAUCGCUUUCCAUAAUCUUUGAGUCAAAGGAGGAGGAAGUCGUAUCCGCUUGUACUUCACUGUUCAUGUCAGUGGAGCAGCGACUGCCUGAUCAAAAUGAUAUCGCAGGUCUCUGCCCCCUUACUACCGUUACAUCACGCGAUAUGGAUUCGUUAGCGCUAGAGACUGAUGCCGGACAUCGUCUUCUCGUACGAUACCGCAGGACGCAGAACAGUGGGGAUCUCGACCGAUCCAUAAACCACUUUGAACGCGCGUUGGAUCUAUGUCCCGUGGACCAUCCCUACCGCCCUGCAGCACUCUUCAAUCUAGCCACCGCAAAGUUCCUUAGCUGCCAAGCUAAUGGGAUAUACCUCAACAUCGACAUUCCUAUCUCUCUUUUUCAAGAUGCCCUUGAUUCGCGUCCCAUGGGUCAUCCAGACCGACCUACCACUCAACUCCAUCUCGCCAUUUCUCUGCUCUCUCGCUUCGCGAAACACGGCUUUCAAACAGAUGCCGACACAGCUAAAGAUUUGCUGAGCGAAGUCAUCGAUGUUUGCCACUUCAACAGCCACAUUUACAGAGCAGCUUUGGUUACAAUUAAAACAUCUGCUCUGCAUUUUGUCGGAAACAUUGACGUAAAUGAUUUUGAGCGGGAGCAGCGGGCAGCAUCCGUGCAUCCUUUAUCGCUGGAUCAACUUGUUGAUCGAGCAGAGCGGUGUUUGCAGAGAGAUGAACCCCAUGAAUUAGAUGAAGUGAUAUUCCUUCAUGUUGACGCACUGGUGUACUGCAACACCAGGCAUGCUUGUCGAGCGCAGUUGCUAAGUAAUUUGGCGCUCAUGCUGGAAACUCGCUUCCAGCACCGAGGCAACGAAGAAGACUUGGAUGAGGCUAUCGCACUUGACAGGGAAGCGCUGACCUUGUGCCCCGCCGGUCACACAGAUCGGUCUAAUUCAUUAAAUAACCUCGCGAAUGAACUCUUCUCCCGUUUUGAGCACCGAGGCAACGAAGAAGACUUGGAUGAGGCUAUCGCACUUGACAGGGAAGCGCUGGCCUUGUGCCCCGCCGGUCACACAGAUCGGUCCAAGUCAUUAAACAACCUCGCGGUUCUUCUCUCCUCCCGCUUUGAGCACCGAGGCAACGAAGAAGACUUGGAUGAAGCUAUCGCACUUCAUACGGAAGCGCUGGCUUUGCGCCCCGUCGGUCACACUGGUCGGUCUAUGUCAUUGAAUAACCUCGCGACUGGACUCUCCUCCCGCUUUGAGCACCGAGGCAACGAAGAAGACUUGGAUGAGGCCAUCGCACUUCAUACGGAAGCGCUGGCCUUGCGCCCCGUCGGUCACACAGAUCGGUCCACGUCAUUGAAUAACCUCGCGGGUGAACUCUUCUCCCGCUUCGAGCACCGAGGCAACGAAGAAGACUUGGAUGAGGCCAUCGCACUUCAUACGGAAGCGCUGGCCUUGCGCCCCGUCGGUCACAUAGAUCGGUCCAUGUCAUUAAAUAACCUCGCGAUUCGUCUCUCCUCCCGCUUUGAGCACCGAGGCAACGAAGAAGACUUGGAUCAGGCUAUCGCACUUCAUACGGAAGCGCUGGCCUUGUGCCCCGCCGGUCACACAGAUCGGUCCAUGUCAUUAAAUAACCUCGCGAAUGAUCUCUCCUCCCGUUUUGAGCACCGAGGGAACGACGAAGACUUGGAUGAGUCCAUUGCACUUCAUAGGGAAGCGCUGGCCUUGUGCCCCGCCGGUCACACAGAUCGGUCUAAUUCAUUAAAUAACCUCGCGAAUGAACUCUUCUCCCGUUUUGAGCACCGAGGCAACGAAGAAGACUUGGAUCAGGCUAUCGCACUUCAUACGGAAGCGCUGGCUUUGUGCCCCGUCGGUCACACAGAUCGGUCCACGUCAUUGAAUAACCUCGCGGGUGAACUCUUCUCCCGCUUUAAGCACCGAGGCAACGAAGAAGACUUGGAUCAGGCUAUCGCACUUCAUACGGAAGCGCUGGCCUUGUGCCCCGCCGGUCACCCAGAUCAGUCCACAUCAUUAAAUAACCUCGCGAUUCGUCUCUCCUCCCGCUUUGAGCACCGAGGCAACGAAGAAGACUUGGAUCAGGCUAUCGCACUUCAUACGGAAGCGCUGGCCUUGUGCCUCGCCGGUCACCCAGAUCGGUCCAUGUUAUUAAAUAACCUCGCGAAUGAUCUCUCCUCCCGCUUCAAGCACCGCGGCAACGAAGAAGACUUGGAUGAGGCUAUCGCACUUCAUACGGAAGCGCUGGCUUUGCGCCCCGUCGGUCACACAGAUCGGUCCAAGUCAUUAAACAACCUCGCGAUUCGUCUCUCCUCCCGCUUUGAGCACCGAGGCAACGAAGAAGACUUGGAUAAGGCUAUUGCACUUCACAGGGAAGCGCUGGCCUUGCGCCCUGUCGGUCACACAGAUCGGUCUAUGUCAUUUAUCAACCUCGCGAAUCAACUCACCUCCCGCUUUGACCACCAAGGUAACAGAGAAGACCUGAACGAGUCACAAGAAAACCUCCGUUGUGCAUUGAUUCUCCUGAGGCAACAUGAUCCUCGUCAAGCAUCAGUCCAUGUAUCGCUUGCUUAUGCCUAUCUAUCGUUCUAUCGUUCAGCGCUUGACGACAUUGAGGCAGGCGAAGAUACGGACGGUCUCAAUGUUGCUACAAAUCACCUCAAAGCAGCAGCGAAUAUUGUCUCUGGAGGCUUGCUAUUCCGCCUGCGGAUUAGUCUAGACUGGGUUCACCAUGCUGAUGAAUACAGACAUGCUACUCAACUGGAGGCUUAUGCGACUGCCAUGCAACUUAUGGACACUUACAUGUCUACGACGGCUUCAGUUUCAUCUCGACACAACGUCAUGAAGGACUUCCCAAGUACACUUGCCGUUGAUGCUGCAUCGUGUGCUCUUCGUAGCGGUGACGUGUGUCGUGCUGUUGAGUUGUUGGAGCAAGGCAGGACUGUCAUCUGGACCCAGAUGACACGACUACGCAUGCCCCUUGACGGUCUCCAGACACGCGGUGAUCAUGCAGCGACCCUCUUGAAGAGAUUCAGAGACCUUAGCUCCCUCCUUGAUAAACCUCCUGCGAGUCAUCCAGACGCAACGUCAAGAGUCAGCGUAGACGCAGAAGAAACCCGGUACAGACGUCUAGUGAAGGAGUGGAAAAGUGCUGUAGAAGAGAUCCGGAACAUCGAGGGCUUCUCUCGCUUCCUCCUCCCCCCCUUAUUCUCCGAUCUUCAAGAAGCAGCUCGUGAAGGGCCCAUCAUCGUGCUCAUUGGAAGCAAGUCAUCUUGCUAUGUCAUCAUCAUCUCACACAAGCAAACUCCGAUCAGCAUCCAACUCUCUACCAGCAUUGAGAAGCUCCAGAUAUUGGUGGACAAACUCCAUCGCACAGAUAGUCCAGCGCUCAAAAAAGCCUUGACGGAGUUGUGGGAUGACGUCGCUCGCAGAAGUAAUGAAAGGUCCCCUUCAGUACCGUUUGUUGCCGUUGGUCAGGAUCACCCAGCCGGUGCCUCAUUCACUUUGGAUUCUGUGGAGCCUGAACUGGAAUUGGUGCGAAACCUUUUGCCCCCUCCCCCAACUGUUUCGUUCUCUAAGAUCACCAGUGUUGAUGCCACGAAAUCGAGAGCACUGUGCGCAUUGCGAGACAAUAGUUGGCUCCAUCUUGCGUGUCAUGGGACACAGAACAUUGCCGAACCCUUCAAGUCGGCCUUUCUUAUGCGCGACGAGCCGCUUUCGCUCCUAGACAUCACACAAACAGAUCUGUCUCGGCAUCAAUUUGCGUUUCUUUCUGCCUGCGACACCGCAGUGGGUGACCGCAAUACUCCUGAUGAAGUGAUACACCUAGCGGCUGGCCUGCAGUUUGCCGGUGUCAAGAGCGUUAUUGGAACAUUAUGGAAGGUCAAUGAUAGUACGGUGGAGCGCUUGGUCAAGGCAUUCUAUGAAAACUUUUGCGGGGAUGGCACGAUGAACUCCAAACGAGCUGCCCGGGCGUUGCACCGAGCGGUGUAUUCGCUAGGUUCUGACCAAGACAUACCUUUGGACCAGCGCAUAUUGUUCGUGCAUAUUGGCAUAUGA